AUGACGAACCUUGGACUCCAGACUAUGCGCAAUACUUAUCAGGAGAUUUACAACCCUUUAAAAUAUUUCGAAGCCACUGUUAGCUUGGCAUGUGAUUCUGUUUUCAACAAACUUAUUUGCAUUAAAUUCCUCGCGAAUUAUGCAAAAAGUUGUUGUCUUUUUAUCUUGUCGCAGUUCACAGACCAAACAUUUACAUCAAAUUGCAAUUCAUUUUUAAAAGCGACGAAAGCUUUGAGUAUGCCUCCAUUUCAUUCUUUGCUCAUCGAAUAA